AUGGAGUCUUCUCCCCCAAGGAGCAGUUUCACUGCUUCCGUGGCAGGUGUGAAGCGUCCAGCGUCUCUGUUGCCCGCGUUUGAGCCAUUGAGCUCGUCGCCCUCUCUGCCUCGUCCCCAGAAGCGUGUAGCACGCGAGGACAAUGGCCUCGCCUCGAUGUACCCUACGCCGGUCCCGACCUCGUCCACCCAUAUUAUGUCCUCCUCUCCGCCUCGCAUGGCCCUGUCUCGAAACGCGUCACGACGAGCCGUCGUCUCCUCCAACUCGGAACGGUCUCCGCUGUCCGCUGUGCCAACAUUGAUGCUCUCGGAGAAUGGUGACCCCCUCCUGAUGGGUAGAUCGAGUGUCUCGUGCCAGCAUCAACUAGCCGCCAACCGUAUGAUUUCUCGAAUCCACGUCAAGGCCACGUAUAAACCGGCCCCGAACCCCUUCGACCGUGAUAGGGUGGAGAUACUGUGCAUGGGAUGGAAUGGGAUUAAGUUGCAUUGCCAGGGGAAAACCUAUGAUUUGGCCAAGGGGAAGACGUUCACGUCGGAUAUAAAAGAUGCCGAUAUCAUGAUUGAUGUUCAUGACGCGCGGGUGUUGGUCCAAUGGCCACGCGGGGAUAAGAAAGAUUAUGUCUCGACGGAGGAGGAAAGCACCCCGACACGCCACGGGCAAUCCCGUCGGAGUCUCCAGGAUAGUCCUGCUGUUGAGCGUCCGCGGUUGGCUUCUCCCGUGUCUCCGUCUCCCGCAACCAAGUCUCUUGUCCCUCCCUCUUCGCCUCUGUUUACCCCGACCCGUUCUCGCAAUUCGGUGGUCGUGUACGAGGAUGAGGCGUCCCCGAUCCGCCGCAACACCUCUCGGGAUGUGUUGCCGUCUGAGGAUUUCCAAGACCCGGCCUCCGAUGAAGCGGACCUCUUGCAGAGUUCGCAGUCCAGUGACCUGAGUGAGCUGAGUAAGAAUGACGACUUCUCUGAUCAUGACGAGGAAAAUGAUCCCAUUAUUCAUUCGUUUGGGCCGUUCGGGGAGAACCUCCUGCCACGCCUGGCAUCGUUUACUGCGGAUGACUCGCCGCUUCAGCCUACCCGUCCGCGCAACCAGCUUGCUGCCCAGCACGACUCGUCCACCAAGUCCCCCAAGCAGCCGUCGAAGCCAGCUGAGGAGAUCCACCAAGCGCCUGCCAAGCUCGAUCUGUCUGACGAAAGCGUGGGACGAGUGCAGAACCACGCCGUCAACCAGCUGGCCUUCUCCCGUCUCUCGUCGACUCCCUUCUCGACUAUUCUCAACAACCUUCCUCCUAGCUUUUGGAGGAAGGAAGGUGGCUCCAAGGAUGUGCCCACCAGGGACCAGGUUCUCGCCAUCAUCGACACCGCCAAGUGUAUUGGGAAGGUUGCCCGUGAAGGCAAGGACGCUGCCGGGAAGCCCCUCGAAAGCGAGUACUACUACGUCGCUGAUUUCGACGACGACGAGAUGCGGCGCGAAGCUGUUGUGAAUGACCUUCGGAAGCCCGGACUCCGCAAUUGUAGAAAGCAGCAUAAGCAAUACUUCUGGCGUAAGCCGAAAUAG